CACCGCGGCCGCCAACGCCGCGGCGCUUGGGCUGGGCUCGGCGCACUCUUCAGCGGCCGCCCAGCCGAGCGGACGCCCCUCGGGGCCGCGCCGCAGCCCCCCGCGCCCCUGCUUAUCAUGCCCCGGGCUCGGGCCCGGCAGUCGGAGCAGCCAGGACACCAUGCCGGAGGGCGAAGGUGGAGACUGCGGGGAGGUGCCCGCGCUCGUUCCGGACGGCGAGCCGCUGCGGGAGGAGCAGCGGCCCCUGAAGCAGUCCCUGGGAGGCUCCCUGUGUCGAGAGUCUCACUGGAAGUGCCUGCUCCUCACACUGCUCAUCCAUGCCUGUGGGGCUGUGGUGGCCUGGUGUCGCUUAGCCACUGUGCCCCGCCUGGUCCUGGGGCCUGAAGCAGCCUUGGCUCGUGGGGCUGGCGCCCCACCGCCCACCUACCCAGCCAGUCCCUGCUCGGAUGGCUACCUGUACAUCCCAUUGGCCUUCGUCUCCCUCCUCUACCUCCUCUACCUGGCAGAGUGCUGGCACUGUCAUGUGCGGUCAUGCCAGGCGCCUCGCACUGAUGCCAACACCGUGCUUGCCCUGAUCCACCGGCUGCAACAGGCUCCGCCCUGUGUCUGGUGGAAGGCCACCAGCUACCACUACGUGCGCCGCACACGCCAGAUCACCCGAUACCGCAAUGGGGACGCCUAUACCACCACACAGGUCUACCAUGAGAGGGCGGACAGUCGCACAGCUCGGGGUGAGUUUGACUACAGUGCACAUGGUGUCCGUGACGUCUCCAAGGAGCUCGUGGGCCUGGCAGACCACGCAGCCACGCGACUGCGUUUCACCAAGUGCUUCAGCUUUGGGAGUGCUGAGGCCGAGGCCUCGUACCUCACGCAAAGGGCCCGUUUCUUCAGUGCCAAUGAGGGCCUGGAUGACUACCUAGAGGCCCGCGAGGGCAUGCAUCUGAAGGAUGUGGACUUCCGUGAGUCCCUCAUGGUCUUUGCAGACCCCCGCAGCCCACCCUGGUAUGCCCGAGCCUGGGUCUUCUGGCUGGUGUCUGCAGCCACACUGUCCUGGCCACUGCGAGUGGUGGCUGCCUAUGGGACAGCCCACGUGCACUACCAAGUGGAGAAGCUUUUCGGUGCCAGCUCACCGCCCCCAGGGGCUGUGCCCAGCGGGCCGCCGCUCUCUCGCGUGGCCACCGUGGACUUUACAGAGCUUGAGUGGCACAUCUGCUCCAACCGGCAGCUGGUGCCCAGCUACUCGGAGGCUGUGGUUAUGGGUGCGGGCUCUGGGGCCUACCUGCGAGGCUGCCAACGCUGCCGCCGCUCUGUCAGCAGCAACUCCCUGCCUCCUGCUCGUCCCAGUGGGCCCCGCCUACCCUUCAGCCGCAGCCGCCUCUCGCUAGGUGCUGGGGGCCGAACCACCCCAGGGGUCUUCCGAAGCUUGAGCGGAGGCCCCUUGGGACGCAGAGGGGAGGACACGGAGCCUCUGGAAAGCCCUCCGUGCUAUGAGGACGCCCUGUACUUCCCGGUGCUCAUUGUUCACGGGGACAGCGGCUGCCGUGGGGAUGGGCAGGGUGCACUCUGAGAUACCCGCCCCCUACAGUCCCAGAACACCCCUCUCUCCUCACCAUCUCACCACGGGCUCAGAUGUCUGAAUAACUCUCAAAAACAGGAAAGACAACAGACCAGCCAUGCACAAGAGGUGGGAGUGGAGUGGGAUCCUUAGACUGAAAUGCGGUGACACGUGGUCCUUCGAGGAGGAAGGAAACACCAUCUAAGUUGAGUCUGUGAUCUGUCCCCAGCAUGGCUCCCCCAACCAUUGCCAUAUUCCCCUGUGAUAGCAGAUGAUGCUGGGCAGGGAGAGAAGUUUCCAGAAAGCCUGGGAUGGGGAGGAGAUCAGGGCACGGCUGCCUGCCUCUCUGCCGUGGCUGAGCUACAUGGGGAGCCCUCCAGCAACAUAGAAGCACAAACUGGUGGCUUGGGACCAUGCCCAGCUGGGAAUGCUGUCCUGAGGCUGAACAGCUGGCCAUGGCUACCCCGUAGCUUGGUCCCCUGACCACCAGAGUCCCCACCCUCUUCUGCUGCAUCUGCCCUCUAGCCUCUGCUCAGGGCAAGUGCCCUGAUGAUCCCUAGACCCUAAGGUGUGGUUAGUCCCUCCACAGCGCCCAGUGCUCAGAGCACAGACAUGCUCUCUUGUCCACUUUGGUCUCCCUGGUUCCUGCUGCACCCUCACCACACCCAGCUUUCCCCGUGACCCAGGUUUUCCAGCUCUGAGCCCCAGCAUCCUAAAAUUCAUAUCUGCCUCUGUCAGCCACGCAGUACCUUGUCUCCACCCUCCGUCCAGGCUUCUCUGCGCUUCACCUUCCAGGUGAGCCACAGGACAUAGCACAGGGCAUCUGAGGGGCUCUGCCCUGGCCACAGCCUCUUGGACGAUGCCCUGGCCUUGCCUUGAAGGCCCCUCAUCUCUCAUUCAUGGAACCUGUACAGGGGACACCAUCCCUCCCUAGGGAGAACAGAACAGUCCCUUCCCUUCCAACUGGGGAUUCCACCCCCUCUCAGGGGCCGGCGGCGGGGGAGGGAAGAGACAGAGAAAAUUAAAUAAAGUUACGAAAC